CGUUACAACGCUGGUGGGUGGAGUCAUCGGGAAUCCGGCCCCUGUCGGAGGUGACAAAACACCAUAAAGCCGAUACCGUGGGCCAUCUCCGACCGAAUUUGAGCAUCACCGCGCCGGGCUCCACAGCAGCUCAAUUUGACCCUGUACUUUUUCUCUGAAGCGAGCUACUACCAGAGUUUCGGUAUCAACUCAGCCUCAAUUAUAAUGUCAAUAGUCAUGGGUACAGGCAAGAGAAUGACAAAUGCCACUCCAAAGCAUACAAAUAAAAUGCAUAUAUAAGUCCUCGACGCCCUUCUCCUUGAACCAUGAACUCAUCAUCGUCAUCGUUGUUAAAAGCCUUGAUAUCAGGCUCAUCCUAGAAAAUGGCUGUCCGAUCCCAACUUUUCCCUCCCUCUCCUACCUUCACAGAAUCUUCCCUUCCCUCGUUGGGCUCCAGAGUGUACAUCAUCACUGGCGCAACAUCUGGAGUUGGUCUGGAGUUGGCCAAAAUCCUCUAUUCCCGCUCAGCGAUUGUUUACAUAGCUGCGCGCAACUACUCCAAGAUCGCGUCGGCUAUAAAAGAGGUGCAGUCGGCGUUUCCUGAUUCGACAGGACGUCUUGAGUCGCUAUGUGUUGAUCUUUCCGAUCUCGCAAGUAUCAAGCCUGCAGCUCAGCGAUUUCUUGCCAAAGAACCAAGACUCGAUGGCCUUGUGCUCAAUGCUGGUGUUAUGAUGCCUCCUGAGGGUAGCAAGACCGAGCAUGGGCAUGAGUUGCAGAUGGGAACGAACUGUUUGGGCGGAUAUCUACUGUCGCGACUUCUUGAAGAGCUUCUGAUAAAGACCACGGUUGUCGCAGACGAGGGAACCGUUCGAGUUGUAUGGCUUGCAAGUACUCUUCAGAUGGGCACGCCCAAGGGAGGCCUUGUCUGGGACGAUGUCAAGAAGGAACCGAAAGUAGUCAAGGACCAAAUGGAGAACUACAUGAUGAGCAAGGCCGGCAAUCUUCUCUUAGCCCACGAGACUUCUCAGAGAUUGGGAUCGCAAGGAAUUAUAUCAGUGGCUGUCAACCCGGGGUUCUUGAAGACGGAGCUUCAGCGCCAUAUGCCGGGACCUGUAUCUUUCAUGAUGGGACUCAUGUUUAAAGCGCCCAAAUUUGGAGCUUAUAGUGAGCUGUUCGGACUGCUAUCACCAGAUAUCACCGCCGAUAAUAACGGAGCCUUGAUCUACCCAUGGGGUCGCAUCGGAUGCAUCCCAGAUGACAUCAAGGUGUCUUUGAAGAACGGACAAGAGGGAGGCACUGGCCUCGCAAAAGCUUUCGCUGACUGGUGCGAGAGAGAAACCCAUCAGUACAAGUAG